AUGAAAGGUCUCCGGGAGUUAAUUAUUUUCAUUGGUUUAAUUCAUUUAAUUACUGGCGCUUCUGUAGAGCCACAAAAAGUUCGUUAUGACAAUUAUAAAGUUUACGAAGUUACCAUUGAAAAUGAGCAGCAAUAUGAACAUUUUCAAUCGUUAAAUGGUUUGUUUGCGCUUGAUUUCUGGAAGGAUAUUCAUCAAUUCGGCGAAAACUGUGAUGUGAUGGUCAAGCCCUCUGAACAAUCUGCUUUUGAGGAACGUUUAAACCAGUACAACAUUAAAUAUCGAGUAAAAAUUGAGAAUGUCCAAAGUUUAAUUGAUAACGAACAACCCAAAAGUAGAUCAUAUGGUUUUGAUUGGGAGAAUUUCCAUACACUAGAUGAAAUUAAUGCAUGGUUAGGUGAAAUUGCUGAACAUUACCCCGAUGUUGUGACACCUUUCGAUAUUGGUCGCUCCUAUGAAGGACGUUUGAUCAAAGGUAUUAAAAUUUCCCAUAAACCUGGUAACAAAGCCGUCUUCAUUGAAUCGAAUAUUCAUGCACGUGAAUGGAUUACAUCGGCCACCAUCACAUAUGUCAUUGAUGAAUUACUGACUUCACGCAAUCCUGGUGUACGAAAAAUGGCCGAGAGUGUUGAUUGGUGGAUAAUUCCCGUAUUGAAUGUUGAUGGGUUUGUUCACUCACAUGAAGUGAAUCGCAUGUGGCGUAAAUCUAGAUUACCCUCAGAUCCAACUGGCAAAUGCAUUGGUACUGAUAUGAAUCGCAACUUUAAUUUCCUGUGGAUGUAUGCCGGUGCUUCUGAUGAUCCAUGCUCAGAAACCUAUGCCGGUCCCUAUGCUGAAUCGGAUCCCGAAAUUAAACAAAUGGUACAGUUCAUCAACAACACCAUUCCCGAGGAUACAAUUAAAAUUUAUAUUUCAUUGCAUUCCUAUGGUCAAUAUGUUCUAUCGCCUUGGGGUCACACUGACACCGAAGUACCCGAACAUUAUGGUCAAAUGAUGCAUGUAGCCAAGGGUUUUGCUGAUGCCCUGUACCGUCGUUAUAAUACGGUAUUCACUUAUGGUUCCAGUGCCCAAACACUUUAUAAGGUAUCUGGCUCUGGCAAGGAAUGGGCCUAUGGUGUCAAGGGCAUUCCAAUUCCAUAUACCAUAGAAUUGCGUGAUAAGGGUGAACUUGGUUUCAUUUUACCUCCAGAAAUGAUUUUGCCAGUGGCCAAAGAAGUUUUGGAUGGUUUUGUUGGCAUGAUUGCCGCCGCUAAGGAGAUUGAUAUUAUUUAA